AUGCAUCCUUCCAGCAGGGCCAUUUUCGAUUUUACUCCUCCAGCCAUUGAUACUACCGCCACCUCGACAUCUUUGCCUCCACUCUCAAGUUCGACUUCUCUCUUUCCCUCUACUGCAGCAACUCACAGAGCCGAGCACAUUCCUUUACAUAUGAACAACAUUCAUCCUCCGGUCCUAAUCGUAGGUGCUGGGCCAGCAGGUCUAGUAGCAGUGUUGUUGCUCGUUCAAAAUGGCGUCCGAGUUUGCAUCAUUGAUAAAGACCCAAAUCCUCGGAUCGGACAGCGUGGUCCCAGAAUCUGGUACAAACCUGGGACAUUGGAACCUUUGGCCGAAACUUCGGUGAUCCUGCAUAUGGAUCCUACCCCAGCGGUACCAUUCCACCUCACCAAGGUAAUGGGUCAACAGUUCCUAGAUGUGAUUCUGCGACGUCACCUAGAGAAGUUCUCUUGCUCUGUGGAGAUGGGUACCGAACUGCUAUCAUUCGAGCAGUCUGACCAGGGUGUUACUGCUGUUCUCGCAAAGAACGGUAUAUCAGAGACUUUUGAUACGAAGUGGAUGAUCGGUGCUGAUGGUGCUAAAGGGACUCGAGUCUGGCAUGACAUUUCCUCCGUUAACCGACUAUCAAGAAACAUUCUCCUCCCCAUUACCACCAUCUGUGUUUGCCCCAUUUGCAGUGCUGAUGUGGGUGCCACAACCUGCACAACUACUGCGCUUAGCAAAAGUCAUUUAUCUGUACUGGCGUGA